UCUCUCUGCCAAACAGUCCUCUCUCCUCCCCUCCUCUCUCCGUCUUUUUCUUCUCUCGUUGGCAGGUUGGGAAUGGGGAAAGUCCUGAUGUGUGUAUGUAUCCUCUCAGUGGUCUGCAAGAGAGAGGGAACUCCUCACCCACCGCGAGCUGAGGUUUUUGUGAUCAGCAGUGGAAGAGGCUGUGACAGGAAGAGUGUAUAAAUGACUACACCAAACAUCUGAUAUGGAGGAAAUGGAGAAAACGGUGGAUCUGGAAAAACUUCUUUGAUAAGUAUGUGGCAUCUUGUUUGACGUCAUCAGCACCUCGUAGCCAUGCGGUACACAACACUGUUGACCAUCCUGGCAGCUGUGCUGCUGUAUUUGGUGUUGGGGGCUCUGGUGUUCGGCUGGCUGGAGUCGUCCAGGGAGGAAUGGGCUCACCGUGAGCUGCUGAUGUCUCAAAUGGCUUUCCUACAGAACCACAGCUGCGUCACUCCUUACAGUCUGAAAGAGUUCACAGAGAAAGUGGUUGAUGCCAUUGAAGCAGGUGUGGAUGGCAGAAGCACAUCAAAUUAUACCAGCAGAUGGGAUCUAUCCAAUGCUUUCUUCUUCUGUGGUACCAUCAUAACCACUAUCGGCUUUGGAAACAUCUCGCCCAAAACUAAAGGUGGUCAGUUGUUCUGUAUAUUUUAUGCUCUGGUGGGGAUCCCCAUGUUUGGGAUACUGUUAGCAGGGGUUGGAGACCACCUGGGAACCCUUCUGAGGAGAGCAGUGGCAAAGACAGAAACUCUGUUCUUGCGCAAGGGUGUGAAGCCCACCAGUGUCCGUGUAAUCUCCGCUGUCUUCUCCAUCCUGAUUGGCUGCAUAGUCUUCAUCGCGGUGCCCACCAUGGUGUUUCAGGAAGUGGAGAGCUGGAGCCUGUUGGAAGCGGUGUACUUUGUCGUGAUCACCCUGACCACGGUGGGCUUUGGGGACUAUGUGGCAGAGAACAGGAGAGAUGGAACGCCCCUGUACAAGCCCUUGGUGUGGUUGUGGAUAGUGUUCGGUCUGGCGUAUUUUGCUUCCAUCCUCACAAUGAUUGGAAACUGGCUUAGAGUGCUGUCAAAGAAGACGCGUGCAGAGAUGGAGGAGCUGAGAGCCCAUGCAACAGACUGGACUCAGAACAUCCAGAACAUGUCCAUGGACUUCCGUAUUCCCGUGCCACUGGAUCUCAACGACCCCUUUCAGCUCCAACGGCGGCGUAGACGGAAACGACACCGCCAUCAUCGCCAUCCAAGACUGAGAGCGGCGGGAUUGGCUCAUGGGAUCUCCCUCGAUGCCGAUGUUGUCCGAGAGAAUGGACACCUGAUUCUCGGAUGGCCUGCAUGUAAGUACACCCCAGGGUCUGAUAUCAGGUCUGAAGCGCUGUCCCAAUCCAGGUCAUGGGGUAGGUUCGAUGGGGCGUAUGAGGUGAGACCAGGAUCGAGGCUGAUGGUAGGACCAGCGUCAAGAUCUAUCUCAAGGUUAGAGCUUAGACCACCAUCAAGACCCGGGUCCAGAACCAUUUCCAGGUCCCCUUCAGAAUCUGGAACAGGAUCAGUCUCUGGAUCUGAGACACCGUCGGAAUCCUGGUCUGAAUAUGAAUAUGAUUCAAAUUCCCGUAACUCAGAAGACCUGGAAUCUGGAGCUGAAGGGACUCUCGGAUCACUGGGAAGUCAGAAGGAUGUUCCUGUCGUCGUGGUUGAUAGCUGCAGUCCACCUCGUCCCUCCCUCCUGGACUUCUUUGGUGAGAACCUGGCGUACAUUGAUGAGUCCUCAGAUGCUCUUAGUGAUCGGAUCAAACCGGCUGGACAGAACCGCCAACGCAAAGCCAAGAGGAGGAGCAUGACGAGACAGAUUCCCCACUCAGAUUCUGUAGGACUGGAGAGGGAGAUCAGUAAUGAACUACAGCCUCCAUCACACCCUCCAACACCUCCACCUCCAACCUGACAAAUAAGCGUUUGACCACGAGCUGUUAGCUUUCAGCAUCACAGUUUGAAGAUGCCAAACGUGACUGAUGCAGACCAUCACAAAUACACAUAUAAAUAGAGCUUAAAUGAAAAUUAUUUGCUCAUUGUACAAAAACAAUUUAUUGCCUCCCAUGCAAACAUAAAGUGGCUUUGUUCAGAAUAGCUCACUACCAUUUGUGCAGGAUGUACUUGUGUCAAAAGUUUGGGAUACAUUUUUUUUUUUCUUUUUUAACGUCCAAGGCUGCAUUUAUUUGAUCAAAAAUACAGUAAAAACAGUAAUAUUGUGCCU